AUGCCACCCAGGAGGAGGGAUCGUGUGGAAGAUGUUCAUGACCGUGACAAUCUGCGACAUCUGAAGCAGAUGGAUCAGAGGAUGGAUUGUAUGUUGGGACAGCUAACACAGCAGAUGGCUGCACUUAUGGAGAAUCAGAAUCGGAGAAACCUAAUUCGAAUUCUGACCCUGAUCGAGAGGAAAUCGAGGGAUCCGUCUAAUGACACAUUUUUUGUAACGGGAGGCGAUGGAGAGCCCAAGUUCGACGACGAUGAAGAGACUGUGACAGGAGAUUGGGUGUUCAAUUUGAUGUGUGAGGAGGAAGACAUGGAGAGUGAAUCUACCGGAAAGAAGAUAACUGUUGUUCAACAGGUUUUGAGACUACCAAGCACGCAAUCCUCUGCCGUUGUCUAUCCUGAUCAGAAGCAUAGCAACAAUGUUCAAAAUGAUGAUCGAUCUUGUGAUUUGAAUGCAGAGCGGGGUGCUAUUGUACCCAUUGGAUCUAAGGGUGUCUGUCCUCUUUCACUUGACAGUGCCUCAAUGAAUACUCUAAAGGAAUUGGGGGGCCCACAUGAAAAAUAUUCUUCCACUUGCAGAUUGUUCAAUUAUGAGGAACUUUUGGUAGCUACUUCGGACUUGAUGCCUGAGAAUUUGGUUGGAAGAGGUGGAAGCAGUCAGGUCUAUCAAGGCCGUCUCUCUGAUGGCAAUGAACUGGCAGUGAAAAUCUUGAAGCCAUCUGAUGAUGCAGUGAAGGAAUUUACUUCGGAAAUUGACAUCAUUACUACCUUAAAUCACAAGAACAUAAUAUCCCUGCUCGGUUUCUGUUAUGAGAACAACAGCCUUGCCUUGGUCUAUGAUUUUCUAGAAAGAGGAAGCUUAGAGGAGAAUCUUCAUGGUGAAAAGAAGGAUCCUUAUGCAUUUGGGUGGCGAGAGAGGUACAAGGUCACGGUCGGCAUAGCUGAGGCACUGGACUACAUACAUAACGGCUGUGCUCGACCAGUUAUUUACAAAGAUGUGAAGUCUUCAAACAUUCUUCUCUCUGAGGAUUUUGAGCCACAGUUAUCGGAUUUUGGAUUUGCCAGUUGGGUUGCAGAUCUAUCGUGCCAAGUGACAACAGACGAUGUUGCUGGAACCUUUGGUUACUUGGCUCCAGAGUACUUCAUGCAUGGCAAAGUUAGUGACAGAGUCGAUGUUUAUGCAUUUGGUGUUGUAAUUCUUGAGCUUCUAUCUGGUAGAAAGCCGAUCGGUGGUGAAUACCCAAAGGGUCAAGAGAGCCUUGUCAUGUGGGUGAAGCCCAUUUUGCAGUCUGGGAAGGUUUCCCGAUUGCUAGAUCCAAGCUUGGGAAGUGAUUAUGACCAUGAACGCAUCAGAAGAAUGGUUUUAGCCGCUACCCUUUGUGUCGAGCAUUCGCCCCAAACUCGUCCUGAAAUUAACCUUGUAUUGAAGUUUCUCCAAGGUGAUGAGGAAGCAAUAAAGUGGUCAAGGGGAACCUUUGCGAUUAUUCGGCUAGUUAAUAAGCUCUUGAAGGGGGAAGUAGGGUCCAAGACUAUUCUCAUUCCCAAUGGAGAGAAGUUAUCGGUCUUCGAUGCAGCUAUGGUGAUAGCUCGAACGAUAACAAUUCGAGGGCGAAUUCUCUCCAUCCAUGGGAGAAUGGUGCGGCAGAAGACAUGGCAAAUCGGUUCUGUGCGAGCUCCAAUCAGCAUCCUUGUUGAGCUUGAUGAGAUCGGAAUGUUGUUCCAAGGGUGGCGUGGAGCACGAUGGAUUGGGGUCUUGCUGAUGGCUGAGGAGACCCUCCGUCUCCACCCGUCCGCCCUCCUGCUAGUUUCCCACAGCCCGAGUGAGGACACCCUUGUUGGUGGCUUCACUUUCCGGAAAGGCACCUGUGUCUUCCUCAACGUGUGGGCCAUCCACCGUAACCCGAUGCUGUGGGCCGUCCAGCGCGACCUGACGCUGUGGGAGAACCCGGCUGAGUUUGUCCAUGAGAGGUUCCUAGUGCGACCCGGAAAUUAUUAA